ACAGGCACACAAUUGCUGUCCCUUCCUCAUUGAACCGUCAAGAGUGCGUUGGACUUUCUCGACGUUUAUAUGGUAGUCAACCUUAGAAGACUCCUACCGGUAAUCUUACAGGAGAUGUCAGUGACAUCUCCGGUAAUCUUACGGGAGAUGUCAGUUCGAGAUUUUUGAGGCUAUCGAGCGGGCUAGCAUCACAGUCGAUGACCGCGAAAAGCAUCUCGGUGACCGCAUUGUUGGGUUUUCCUAAUAAGUCAUCGGCUAGUGCUUGUCUUCGUUUGUGCAACGAGAAAUGUUUCUUUUUGACUAGGUCACUUCGACCCUGUCUGGUAGAACCGAUGGAGGUUAAUGACGAUAAUGCAGGGUUUAAGGAGAAGGCGUUGAACGAGGAGAUGCCAGAGUUCAGCAAUGAACGUAGCAUUGGUCUCAGAUUUGCAGAUAUCAACUCGGUAGAGCAUAAGUACGGAUCGCGGUGGAAGCAGUUACAUGAUAACAAAAAGAGUAAGCUGGGUGAUCUUAAUCGCGUGCUUAAUAUGGAAGAGGAGAAGUUAGAGAUUGAAAUGGAAACAGAGCUCCUGCAACAAGAUUUUGCAGAAGACGUAAGAAGACGGAGUAGGAAACGCGUGAGAACGGAGCUGUGGACAUGCGCAAACAAUUUGAAACCACCCUUUGGAUAAAUUUAUUUGAAACGCUAUCAAAUGACUAAAAAAUUUAUGAAAAUAAUUAUAUUAUAAUUAUAAUUAAUAUUUUUUAUAUAAUUAUAAUAAAUAUAAUGUUUUACCA